GUCGCCUGUGUCGUCACCGCUCUCCUCUGCGGGGCAAUGGCGGAAUGAUGCCAGCGGACCUGACGGCUCUGCUUUCUGCCGCAUCUCUCCUCUGCUUCCUCUGCGUGUGUUUCCGCUACAGACGAUCAGGACGCGUGCUGUGGAGGAAGCUGUCCACGGGCGUCAUGGCGCGCACGGAGAAGCCGCUGUUCCGCAUCGCGUACGCGCUGUACACCAGCACCAGACUGGGCUACAUGUACUACAAGAGGCAAAUGAGAAAAGCCCGGGCGCAAUACCCUACUGGACAUUCCACCGCUCGCCCCACGCAGCUCAAUGAUAUCAAAAUAAUCCCCAUCCCAGUACUGUCUGACAACUACAGCUACCUGGUCAUUGACACAGCCUCCAGUGUUGCAGUGGUUGUUGACCCUGCAGACCCUCAGAGAGUGCAGGCUGUCCUCGAGGAAGAGGGAGUGAUGUUAGAAGCAAUACUCUGCACACACAAGCACUGGGAUCACAGUGGGGGAAACAAAGGGUUGAAAAAGCUUCACAGCUCAUGUAGAGUUUAUGGAAACGCAGCCGACAACAUUCCUGGCCUCACGCACCCUCUCUCACACAAGGACUCUGUGACAGUUGGCCGUAUGCACUUUAAGGCGCUCUUCACUCCUGGACACACAGUGGGUCACAUGAUCUACCUCCUGGAAGGACAAGCGGCCGGCUCCCCACCCUCCCUCUUCUCUGGCGACCUGGUCUUCCUCUCAGGAUGCGGGAGGAUGUUUGAAGGCAACGCGACAACAAUGCUGUCAUCUCUGGACACAGUCAGCGCUUUAAGUGAUGAUACGCUAUUAUGGCCGGGUCAUGAGUAUGCAGAAGACAACCUGCUGUUCGGCGCUGAGCUUGAGCCACACAACACUGUCAGGGAAAACAAAUAUCAGUGGGUGCUGCAGCAGCGAGGCCAGAAGCUGUGCACGUGUCCCUCCACUAUCGGGGAAGAGAAGCUGUACAAUCCCUUCCUGCGCAGCCACUCUGCUGAGCUCCAUCUGGCCCUGGGCCUCCAGCAGCUCCAGGACGAAGACUGGACCCAGUACAGGGCUCGGGUGCUGGAGGAGCUGCGGAAACGCAAAGACCUCUUCAACAGGAAGUAGUACCAGCGAGAAGUUCACUUAACAGCAGGGAACAGAGCGGCGAGCUCACUGGACAGUGGUACAAAAGCAGUGGUUUGCAGUAAUAAAAGCAUUAAAGCUGGGCUCAGAGGUACUGUACAAAAACCGGACAGGUUUUGAAAAUUUAAAGGGCCAUAUUUAAUAAUUUUUUACAUUUAUCAAGCUGUAGUGAGCCUAAGGAUAAAAUCACACUUUUGUUAUUACAUAAUCUAAACUCUAAUAAUCCUGUUACCUCUCCACAUGCAGUAUAUUGUGGUAAUUCUGUGUUCAUAGACAGAGUAGUGCUCAUGUAUUGCCUCUUUAAGAUGCCUUUAAUAGAGGCAUAAACCAUAAUGUAGUACCGUCCUGUCUUUAGUAGUAGGUAUAACCAGAUUCUUCAUUCUGGUGUGUGGAACACAGGGUGGCCACAUGAGGUACUGUAUUGUCUACUACACACCCUGGUUAGUUUUUAGGACGAGUCGUCAAAAUCUCUGGGAAGAUGCUGUAUUUGAUUCGAUGGUUUCACAUUCAAAUGCUGCUGAAGAGUAAUAACCUUCUCUGUGGAAUAUGUGACUUUUGGACUUUUUGAUUUUAAAUUGUUAUAACAAUUAUGAUAACAACUAGAGGCGUUUCCUGUUUCAAGCGCUUUGGUGCACAACAAAAGGCAGAGUCUUCACAGAACCGAGCAAAGCGACUUCAGGAAGUUGAAUCUGGUUUUAAAGGAGUGAGACCAGUCGGACCUUUGUUUCAUCAUCACAUAGCCUGCAGCAUUUUCAUAAUGCACACUCCACAUUCCACUAUUUGCCCCUCCUCUGUCAUUUUUCACCCUUAAAUACAUCUUCUGCUAAUCUUUCCUGAGAAACAUGUGCACAUCAUUUACAGUUACAGAGCCAAGUUUCAUGAUCUAGCUCAUUCCAGCUAACGUCAAUUUAAGCCAUGGAAUAAUAAUAAUAACAACAACAAUAAUAAUAAUGAUGAUUAUUAUGCUUAUUAUACACAUUAAUAAAUCAAUGCCUUUCGCAGGACUCACACCUAUUCACUCACACUAUUACAUUACAACACAGUUUCAUCCUCGGUACACACAACAAACCUGUUCUUUAUGCUAACGUGCCAUGCAGUUUGAAAAAGCAAGAUGUCAUCACAUUCAAAGUGAAUUUGCAGCCUCCACCAUGUGCGUGUGAGUCCUGCGCUUGAGGUCUGAACCCUGAUAAUGGCCACUCUUAAUUUAACAAAUCAUCAAAUAGUCUUUGGUGUCGGUACUUUUUUAAACACCAGCAAAAAUAUGGGGGAAAAGUUUGUAGCCUGGCCUGUGAGGUGAAUGGGUUUUGCUGUAUCAACGAGCCAAUUUAGUUUUGACCAGAAACACACGUGCUAAACGAUACUUAACAGUGCAUGUGAUUAUUUGCCCUGAAAGUUUUAUUCAAUCUUUCACUCAUGGAAACAUGAAUUUAUCUGCUAGUGGGCCAAAGGUGAAUCAUAUGUCCAGUCAAGACUAGAAGAAUAUUGUUGUGUCUCACUGAAAAUUACUUUUGCUGAACUUAUUGUACAUUUAGAUUUGUAUUUUUGAAAUGUUUGCAGUGGCACUACAUGGACAGCAACAUACUGAACAGAAAGGUAUUGCAUUGUUGUACUUGACUGAAUUGUUGGAAGAGAUUCGUUAGCGUUUGAUUAGUCACAAUGAUGGUUAAAGUUACAGGCCGAUGUUGAAUCAAGUUCUGUACACUGACUUUCAAUGAGUUGUAGUUGAUGGUUAAAAUUUGUCAUUUUUAAGUUAUUAAUUAGUUAUUAUUAACAUUUCAUUAUUCAUUCCUACUUUGACCCUCAAAUGAAGGAAUGAUUUAUAAACCUGUUUUAAAUCCCAAAUAAAACACAUUUUUAAUAUAUUGAAGGCUCUAUUAUACUGUGACAGUAUAGAAGAGGAAUUAUUAGUUAUUUCAGUGUAAUAAACAUUGUCGUCUGUUGCUUUUCCGUGUCUUUAAAUGUCUUUCUUUGUGAAGGAGCCUCUGUUGAGGUGGCAAUGGGUCACAAAGCAACGAAAUAAACCUUGAAACUUUUGACAUGAA